AUGGAGUUGUCUGUGGAGCAAAUCUUUGCCUCAGACCAUGCAACUGUCUCGCGCUACAUGGCCGACCAUCCCGAGUGCAUCGAGGAGGCGGUGCACGACCACUUGCUGUCCCAUCCUGGCAGCGCCCGAGAUGCCCUCAAGACGUGUCUCUGGAUUCUCUGUGGCGGGGAGGGCUCGCCGGCAGAGGUGAAGCAAGAGGUGGAGAAGAGGCGUGCGGGCAAGUCCAACGUGUGCGGUAGGAUAUGGAAGAACGGCGACAUGGCCUACAAGUGCCGCAACUGUGGCUACGACGAACCCUGCGCUGUGUGCGUUGAGUGCUUCCAGGAGGGAGACCACAAGGGACACGACUGCGACUGCGGUGAUCCGUUGGCGUGGCGGCCGGAAGGCAAUUGCCGCCACCACGUGGGCACUUCGGGCGUCGAUCCAUCGGAGCUGCUCACGCCUCGCCAGCGCACCGCUGCCCGUGCCACGCUGCGGGCCGUGGUGCGCGUGCUGGCCCAGACGCUCCUCCGCGUCUCCCGCCUCCGCUCUCGACUCACCCCCGUCUCCGCGCCUCCGCCCAUCCGCCACCUCGUGCCGCCCAUCACGCAGCCCGUCACUAACGAGGAGGUGCAAGCGAUCGCGAUGCAGGUGGGCCAGGGGGCGGUGCAGUGCGGACUGCUGCUCAACUGGCUGCAGCACGUGGUCGACUUCUUCGGCGACCCUCUGCGGAGGCUGCUCUGCCUGGCCGUCGACGAAGCCCCGCUCUUGGCCGGCGAACCGGACGGCCCGCCUCCUGCGCCCGAGGCCUCGGCCGCGCACAAGCUCGUCAUCCAGUUCCUCCUCAUGGACCACCUUCUGCCCGACCCUCUCCAAGAAGAGGUGCGAAAGUGGUACUUCACGCUCAUCGGCGACACGCAGUACAAGAUGCUGUUCUCCAUUUACUAUGUGAAAACAUAUCCUUUCCUUGUCGACGUCUACAUCGAGGAAAAGACCAAGGCGCACAAGUCCAAAUAUGAGACGGUGCUGACCAUGUCUACGCAAUUCUUCCACCCGCAUCUGAUCCCGCACCUGGUGCAAAACGCCGGCCUGCUCGACAUGCUCGUGGACACCACCUACAAGACCCUCCGCACCGCGUUCCUGCAAGCCGAGGAAGCUGAGGAAGAGCGUAGGGUGAGCAAGGAGAUCGACACCAGUUCGGCCGUGUUGCGGAAGCGGCUGUUUUGGAUUCUCUGCUACGACCUGCGCGCCGUGACGGCGGUGCCGGCGGUGGUGCAGCCCCUCGUGGCCGGCGCCCUCGCCACCCUCGAGCGGUUCGUCCGCCUGUGGGACCUCUUCCAGGGCAUGGACCCCACGCCCCGCCGCCGCAUCCAAUCGCACGUACCCGUCGAGUCCAACUCCUGGGUCCACGCCUUCACCCUAGAGAUUGAGAUGAUCGAGGCGGUGACGGAGCAAGUGGCGGAUGGGGUGGAGGUGCUGACCGAGGAAGCCCUCGCCCAGCCCGAGACGCUGGCCCACGCGCGGACGGCGCUCCGCCGGUGCCUCGACGCCCUCCUGUCCGCCGCGCCCCUCCGCUACCGCCUCUCGCCCGACGGCCAGCUCAGCCUCGAGGUCGCCCCCGGCGCCGCCCAGACCGAAGAGGUUGGCCAACCCCCCCACGCCACGCACUACGCCGCCGCCUUUGUGCUGACGUCAUCAUCAUCAUCACCACCGCCAUCAUCAUCGUCGGCUGGACAGGAUGACGACGACCAGGAGAGCGAGGACGUGGCCGGGCUUGAGCGGCCGGGCAAGCCGGCGGGUACGGGCCAGCUGGUGGCCCUGCCGUGGGCCGGCGGGCGGUACCGCGUGGCCGACUACGACGUGCACCGCCACUCGGGCGUGUCGUUCCACAUCACGCUCCACCGCCUCCUCACGCGCCUCCUCGUCGCCGCCUCCCUCGUGUGGCGCGCGCCCCUCCACAACUUCUUCCCCGACGCUUCGAAGCAGGACUUGGUGGGCUACGCGCUUUCGCUGCUCGAGGACCCGCUGCGCAUUCAGGUGCUGGGCUCCCAGGCCAGCAGCGGCGCCUGGGUGCGCAACGGCUACGGCCUGAUCCAAGCCUCCUCUGUGUACACCACCCAGGUGGAGGCCGAGGGGAUGAUGAAUGCGGACGUGGCGGCGUUGCAAGUGGCGGCGACUUUGCUGCGCCACGGGCUGCCCGAGCAGGAGGCCGACCUGCUGGUGCCGGCGCUGCUCCACCGCUUCACCCUCUCCCGCUACUUUGACUGGGCGGCGCCCGAAGCGGACGACGGCCUCGAGGCCAAGCACAAGCAGGCCCUGGCCGAGAACUUCCUGCGGCUGGCCAUCAACCUCCUCAACGACCGCACCGUCGUGGGUCCGCCCCGGCCCCCCGCCACCGACGAGGGAUGGAAGGACGAACACCACCGCCUCCACAUGCAGGACUUAAUCGUUCGGACGGUGGUGCACGCGCUGGCGUGCGGCCCCAAGACCCACAGCCAAGUGGUGAAGGCCGUGGGGGAGCGCAUGCUCAAGCACCGCCACGGGUACUUCCCGCACGUCCGCAUCCAGACCCUCCUCGAGCAGGUCAUGGCCCAGACUGCGGACUUUACGCCGCCCUCGGGGCCCUCGCACCCGACGGGCACGUUCGCGCUGAAGCCGGCCUGCCUGGCCCUGUUCGACCCCUACUACCUCCACUACACGCGGCAGGAGCAGCAGGCCGCCAUCGAAUUCUACCACGUCACCGCCAAGAAGCUGCGCCCGGCCCACGCGUCGGGGGUGGCGCUGCCGAGUCUCCGCGCGGUGCCGGAGGUGAUCCGGGAGGGCGCGGCGAGCGUGGCCUGCUCGCGCACCCUCAUGGCCGUCCUCUUCGCCGUCCUCCACCACAUCCGCGCUGCUCGCCAGCCCGACGCACCCGCCAGCACGCUCGGGGACAUUGCGUUGCUGCACCCCACCCUCACCCUCCUCAAGCUCAUCCUCCAGUUCCACGCGGCACACCCCGCCACCUCGUCCGCGGAGGCCAUGGACGAAGAAAAGGGGGAGGAGGCGUGCGAGGUGGGCAGCCUGUUCGACGUCCAAUUCCGGAGCUCUGAUCCGGCCGUCAACAUGUGCCAGCAGUUCGUGCUCACCCGCGUCCCGGGGCCGGACGACCAGCCCGUCAAGGAGAGCGUGCUCCUUCUCCUGCUCCAGGAGAGCGACGACCUGGCCGAGUACCGCGACGCGCUCACCGAGGUGGUGGGCCUCGUCGAGACCCACGGCGGCGCCCGGGUGCAGGCCGCGCUGAGCCAGCUCACCGUGCUCCUGGACGAGGAGCGGCGGGCCAGGGAGGCCGCCGCCCAGAAGGAGGCCCUCCGGCGCCGGCGCCUGGAGGAGAACAAGGCCCGCCAGCAGGCCAUCCUCGCCAAGUUCGCCGCCCAGCAGAAGGCCUUUGUAGAGACCGCCGCCCGGCAGGAGGGCGCCGGCGGCGAAGAAGGGGAAGCGGAGGCGGCAGAGGAGGAGGAGACGGCGGCCGUGCCGGUGCCGGUGCCCGACAAGCUCGCCCCGGCCAAUGGCGGCGACGCCGCGCUCGCCGACGGCGCGCAGCCCUCGUCCGACCUCGUCUGCGUCCUGUGCAAGGAGGGGGCGCAGCCGGGCAAGGGGCUGGGCUACGUGGCGCUGGUGCAGCACUCGCACGUGCUCCCCGUGGCCAAGCGGCAGCACGUGGGCAAGCUCCACCGGCCCCACUACCGCCUCCUCGCCGACUUUCUCCGGACCUCGUCCUCCGCGCCGCCUCCUCGCGACUCCCCGCCGUCCGAUCGCAAGGGCAAGCGCAAGGCCGAAGGCGAAGAGCAGGAGGAGACGCCGAUGGAGACCGCGCCCACCGACCAGGCCGCGACGUCGCAGGAAGAGACCACCGACGAGGCGUCGGGCGGCGGCGACGAGGAGGACAAGGAGGCGCGCCGGAAGGAGGAGGCCGCGCGCGAAGAGAAGCGGGCUCGGGCGCGCAGGUGGUGCGCGGAGCUGGAGCGGGAGGUAGAGGGGAGCGGCGGCGCCGUGGUCAAUUCGUGCGGACACCUCAUGCACCCCGAGUGCCGCCACCAGUACAGCCUCUCCGUGGCACGCGACUCGGCUCGCGGCCGCCUCACCGUCGACCCCAUGCUCACCCCCUCGGCCCUCGCUCAGGCUGACGAAGGCCGGGAGUGGGAGGCCUGGCUGGGGCGCGUGGUCGCCCCCGUGCCGCCGACGGAGGAAGCAGAGGACCAGAAGACCGCCACGACCGACGCCGGCGCGGAGGAGGCGCCCGACGCCGACGAGGAGAGCGUCCGCACCACCCUACACGACUUCGCCACCCGCGUCUAUUGCGCGCAGAACAAUGUGGCGAUGGAAACGGUGGAUCUUGUGCCCGCCGAGUUCGAGCCGCACCUGUGGUCCCUCGCCGCCUGCAUGACCUCCGCCCUCGAACUCGCAACCCGCUCCGAUCCGGUGCUGGCCACUGCCGGCGGGUGGAGCGCGCUCUUUAAGGUGGCGGAGGAGCGACGCGGCUCGACCCUUCGCACGACGUGCCGCGCCCUCCUGGCCUACGGUCGCACGCUCCUGCGCGGCGACCGCCAACGCCUGCGCCGGGCCGACGGCCUCCUGCGCCGUUCGCUCGUCGGUGCCGCUGCCGAGGAGGGCGACAGCGGCGCGGCGUUCCUGCGGGGCGACAUGUUCGCACACUUUGUGCGGCGCUACUUCCUCGACCUCCUCCACCUGCAACCCGCGGGCAACGACGAGGCGCAGCAGGGAGCGCCGCUGCACUGGGCGCGCCUGCUGUACGUGGGGGCGCUGGCCCAGGCCGCCGUCACCCUGGCCGCCACGCUCUGCUCCGGCAGCGCCCUUGAUGAAGAGGGCCUCGCGAUGGAGACGGCAACGGCAGCUGCGCAGGAGGAGCAGAAGGCGCCACUCGCGGCCUUGCUCGACGGGAUCGCGAGCGCGUCGGGGGGCGCCCUGGGCCUGACCCACGCCGAGUGGACUACGGCCCAGUGGGAGCGGUUCGCGGAGGAGCUGGUCCACCUGCUGCUCCCGUUCGCCCGCCGCGUGGCCCUCUUCCUCCACCUGUGCGGCGGCCUGCCCGCGCCCGCCCUCCCCGAAUCCCCCGCCUCGCCUCGCCAGGGCGCCUUCGCCGCGCUGGGCUCGGGCGCCGAGUCAGAGCUCGUGCGGCGUUGGCUCCAACAGCUGCUCUCCACGGGCAAUGCUCCGCGCGAGCUGCAGCUGGUGGCACCCGACCUGCCCUUCCACUUCGACCGGAGGGCUCUCCCCUUCCUCUACCAGGACCUGGUGUUCUUCCGCGCGCCGGCGGAAGCCAUCUGCCUGUCGUGCGGGCAAGUGCCGCGCCAGCCGGGCCUGUGCCUCUUCUGCAACCGCCUCGUGUGCGUGGGAUCGACGUGCUGCGCGCCCCAGGACAAGCCCGGCGAAUGCAACACGCACGCGUUGAGCUGCGCCGGUGGCGAGGGGGUGUUCUUGCUGGCGCGCCAGACCAUCACCCUCCUGCUCCAGAGCCAGGCGGAGCACGGCUGCCUCAUGGGCUCCCUCUACCUCGACGAGCACAAGGAAGAGGACGUGGGCCUCAAGCGUGGGCGCCCGCUCUACCUGGAUCCGGCGCGCUACGAGCAGCUCCGCACGCUGUGGCUGGACCACCAAAUGGCCGCCUCCAUCACCCGGCGCGCCCCCUCCCAGAACGUGCACUGGACCCAGCUCUAA